AUGAGCAACCACCAACAAAAGUGUAUUCCGGUGCCUUUCCCGGUGCAGUUCACGGCCCGCAAGAACAAGAUCCUGGAAGAGCUUGCCAUUCCAGAUGAAGACUACACUGAUCUCUCGCCCAAGGGCUCCGUCGAUGUCGGGGUGCGCGAUCUCAUCCGUGAUAUCAAUAAGCUGCCUGGCCUGGUCACGACGAGCAGUUGUGCGGGGCGAAUCAGUGUUUUUCUCGAAGGGAGGAAAAAGUCCUCUACUCAAGAAACUGGGUCGCUGGAGCAGAGUCAAGUCCAGAAUCAGGAUCAAGAGGAAGGCGAGCAGAGACGGUUUGCUCCGUCUGGCGGGAAGGGCGCUGGGCGGUGGUUGUAUGUUUCGCAUGAUCCCUUUCAAGAAGAGAAGACAUCUACGGGUAUGAAGUCGUUGCUUGAAGUUUUUGGCAUGGUCCCCGGCGAUGGAAAACCACCAGCGCCAAGUGCUGGGAAGGCGCUUCGACUUGUUCGAUUUCACUUUGAUCCCCUGAUCCUCCACAUAAUGGCGGCCAACUUACCCUGCGCAAGUACAGUUCUGUCCGCCGCAUCGGCCUCUGGAUUCCGCGAGAGCGGACUGCAAAGCUUGCGCUGUCUGGAGGGCGAGAACGCCCCCAGCCCCGUUGUUGCCGUCCGCUCAGCCGGGGGUUCCGACGAGCCUAUUGUGCGCAGUCUUGUCACGGAAGAGUAUCUUGCUCUGCUGAUCGCCAUGUCGAAUGAGCGGUUCAAGGUGAAUGCUGAGCGGAGGGAACGAUUCCGGACGAGCUUGCUGGACGCGUGCCUCUCUAAUGGCAGUAAGGGCAAGCAGGGUGAUUGGGAGGAUCCAGAUUCGAGGAAGGCGAGAAAGCGUGCGGAAGGAUUAGCAAGGCAACGCUUGUUGGAAAGUCAGAAAACUAAUACAGAACCUGCUGGACAGGUCGAUGGACUGGACUUCAAAAUCCAAUGA